AUGUUUUCUUCAGGCCACUUUUUACAGAGUCUCUGGCGCAAAAUCGUGAAGAUGGUAAAAUUGAUGGACAAACUCCUUGAUAAGAAUAUUUUGGUUGUAGGGGGCAGCUCUGGCAUUGGUUAUGGCGCGGCACAAAUUCUCCUUGAUCAGGGCGCGAUUGUCACUAUAGUGUCCUCAUCGGAAGGAAAGGUCCAGUCAGCUAUCAAGCGACUAAGUGGUAAAGCCAAAGGGGCCAUUGGAGAUGUUCGGGACGAAGCUGCUUUCACGAGGCUACUGAAGUCCUUAGGGCCGUUCGACCAUGUGAUUUUUUCUGGAGUCGAUAAAAUUAUCAGAGGAAAUAUCGCCGAUGCUGACCUAGAAAACGCUAAAUACUUAUUUGGGGUAAAGUUCUGGGGUGCCGUGGUGGUCGGCAAAGCGGCUGCGAAGUAUGAUAUAAUUAAACCCGGUGGCUCUCUCACCCUCACUUCUGGCGCGGCAGCCUUAAGACCGGGGAAAGGCGCCGCGAUCGGCGGGGCACUGAAUGGUGGAGUGGUUUCGUUGACCCAGGGGUUGGCGAGUGAUCUUGCUCAUAAGGGAAUACGAGUCAAUACUGUUGUGCCUGGGCUAGUCAAGACUGAGCUGUGGGAUAAGCAAGGCCAGACGAAAGAACAACAAAAGCAGACAUUUGACUCUGUGUCGAGUGGGCUCCCUGUCGGAUUCGUGGCUAGCCCUGACGAUAUUGCCGAGGCCUAUCUCUAUGCAGUCAGGGCUGAUUAUGCAUGCGGAAGUCUCAUUGUCAUCGAUGGUGGAAGCGUUAUGUGA